AUGAAUGUGUUUCGUAUAUUGGGCGAUUUGUCCCAUACAGCUUCUAAAUGUAUCUUGAUCUGGGCAAUACACGACAACCAGAGCGCCGAAGGUGUAUCAUUGAUUACCCAGAUGCUCUACGUUGCUGUUUUCAUCACACGCUACCUCGAUCUCUUCUGGACUCCGCCUUUUGCCUCUAUAUGGAACUUCAUUCUGAAGAACUUCUAUAUCCUCUCUUCACUCUACAUCAUAUUUCUCAUGAUGAAAAUCUAUGCCCGGACGCGGGAAAGAGAAAAGGCGUGGAGAUUAGGGGCAUAUUGUUUGGGGGGGUCAGUGCUCCUGGCGCCCAUCGCCACAGCCAUUGCCCAAAAGAAAGAUUUCAGCUUUUUUGAGAUGCUAUGGACAUUCUCGAUCAUACUGGAAUCAGUUUGUGUUAUACCCCAACUUCUUCUGCUCCGACAAACGACCGUGCCAACAGUCAUCGAUUCCUUCUACCUUCUCACGCUUGGGUCAUACCGAGCGUUCUACAUACUGAAUUGGAUCGUACGCCUAGCAUCUUCUGAGCAUCAUUUCGAAUGGCGGGCAGUACUCUUCGGAAUAAUACAAACGGCUUUCUAUGUCGACUUCGCAUGGGUGUAUUGGACGCGGCAAAGGGUCAAGCUCCGAAAUGGUGGUGUCGUCGACUCUGAUGAUCUCAGUCGAGGCUUUCUGGUUAGCAGGAUACUGGGUCGAGGAGAUGCAAGCAUGGACGAUGAGGAGAGGGGCGCAGUGGAUGGAGUGAGGAAUAAUGGCAGCGCAGAAGCAUCAAAGAAAGGAGGCAACUGGGGGCCAAGAGGUAUCUCUGUAUCUGCAGAUGAGGACGUGAUGGAUCAAACACGAGAACCGGAAGGAGACUCCGGCUCGAAGGAUGAUGGAUUAGCUGGACUGGUAGAGGAAGAUAACAGCGAGGAUGAGAUAUGGAGCUCCGCCCAAGACACCAACGGCAGACUGGAUGAUAACAACACGUAUGCGCGGAAAUGA